CCAGACCAAGUCCAUGUAUGUAAGCUAGCCUAGCGUCACCAGCAACACAACGCCCGCGAAACGCUCAUUAUCGCACGGGUCUGUCCACAGUAAACUCUCGCGGAGGCGUCUUCCUCAUCUUUCGCUCGAUAACAGCCGGUCUUGAAGCUGAAGGUCAAGGUGGAGGCCGUUAUUUGAUGUGAAAGGGUGUAGAUCUGUGCGCCUACAGAGAGAGAGAGAGGCUCCAGCCACACAAGAUGGAGUGCCAGUGGAAACCCGACGAGCAGGGACUUCAGCAGAUCUUACAGCUGCUCAAGGAAUCACAGUCCCCCGACACAUCCACGCAACGAUCCGUCCAACAAAAACUUGAGCAGCUCAAUCAAUACCCGGACUUCAACAACUACCUGAUAUUUGUGCUCACAAAGUUAAAGACAGAAGAUGAGCCCACUCGGUCUCUCAGUGGUCUCAUUUUGAAGAACAACGUUAAGGCCCAUUACCAGAACUUCCCAAACGGUGUGUCUGACUUCAUCAAAAAUGAGUGCCUGCAAAACAUUGGAGACUCCUCACCACUCAUUAGAGCCACAGUGGGUAUUCUGAUCACAACUAUAGCCUCUAAAGGGGAGUUACAGAACUGGCCGGAGCUUCUACCUAAACUCUGUUUACUGCUGGACUCAGAGGACUAUAAUACUUGUGAAGGGGCUUUUGGAGCACUGCAGAAAAUCUGUGAGGACUCUGCUGAGAUCCUGGACAGUGACGUGCUGGACCGACCACUCAACGUGAUGAUCCCCAAGUUUCUGCAGUUCUUCAAGCACAGUAGCCCCAAGAUCAGGUCACAUGCCAUUGCCUGUGUGAACCAGUUCAUCAUCAGCAGAACACAGGCCCUGAUGUUGCACAUAGAUCCUUUCAUUGAGAACCUGUUUGCACUGGCAGGCGAUGAGGAGCCCGAAGUGAGGAAGAAUGUGUGCAGAGCUUUAGUCAUGCUCUUGGAAGUCAGAUUAGACCGUCUCCUUCCUCACAUGCACAACAUCAUUGAGUACAUGUUGCAGAGGACACAAGAUCAGGAUGAAAAUGUCGCUCUGGAGGCCUGUGAAUUUUGGCUCACUCUUGCCGAGCAGCCUGUGUGUAAGGAGGUUCUGUGUGGACACCUGCCUAAAUUGACUCCAGUUCUUGUGAAUGGAAUGAAGUAUUCCGAGAUUGACAUAAUCCUGUUGAAGGGUGAUGUUGAGGAGGAUGAAGCUAUCCCGGACAAUGAGCAGGACAUUCGCCCAAGGUUCCAUCGCUCACGCACUGUGGCCCAACAACACGAGGGAGGAGACUCCAUUGAGGACGAGGAGGAUGAUGAAGAUGAUUUGGAUGAUGAUGAAACCAUCUCAGACUGGAACUUGAGGAAAUGUUCUGCAGCUGCACUAGAUGUCCUGGCGAAUGUUUUCAGAGAUGAUUUACUGCUGCAUAUUCUUCCUUUACUGAAAGAACUACUGUUCCAUCCAGAGUGGCUUAUUAAAGAGUCUGGCAUACUUGUACUGGGAGCCAUUGCUGAAGGCUGUAUGCAGGGGAUGAUCCCCUACUUGCCAGAGUUGAUUCCUCAUUUGGUACAGUGUCUGUCUGAUAAGAAGGCGCUGGUUCGAUCCAUCACUUGCUGGACUCUAAGCCGCUACGCACACUGGGUUGUUAGCCAGCCCCCCGAUAUCUACCUCAAACCGCUCAUGACUGAACUCCUCAAACGGAUACUUGACAGCAACAAGCGUGUCCAAGAGGCCGCCUGCAGUGCCUUUGCUACCCUGGAAGAGGAGGCUUGCACUGAGCUGGUGCCGUACCUUGCUUAUAUUUUGGACACGUUGGUUUUUGCUUUCGGUAAAUACCAGCACAAGAACCUUCUCAUCCUCUAUGAUGCCAUUGGGACUCUGGCAGACUCUGUGGGCCACCAUCUCAACAAACCAGAAUAUAUUCAAAUGCUGAUGCCUCCAUUGAUUCAAAAAUGGAACCAGCUAAAGGAUGAAGAUAAAGACCUCUUUCCCUUACUGGAGUGUCUCUCAUCUGUGGCCACCGCCCUGCAGAGCGGCUUCCUGCCAUACUGUGAACCUGUCUACCAACGCUGUGUCAACCUGGUCCAGAAAACACUCUCCCAGGCCGUGCUCCACCAGACUCAGCCUGAGUUUUAUGAAGCUCCUGAUAAAGAUUUCAUGAUUGUGGCUCUGGAUCUUCUCAGCGGGUUAGCAGAGGGUCUUGGAGGGAACAUUGAACAGCUAGUUGCCCGUAGCAACAUUCUCACUCUCAUGUACCAGUGCAUGCAGGAUAAAAUGCCAGAGGUUCGGCAGAGUUCUUUUGCUCUGUUGGGAGAUCUGACCAAAGCCUGCUUCCAGCAUGUCAAACCUUGCAUCGCUAACUUCAUGCCUAUCCUAGGCACAAACCUGAACCCAGAGUUGAUAUCAGUCUGCAACAAUGCAACAUGGGCCAUUGGAGAAAUAGCCAUUCAAAUGGGUUCUGAGAUGCAGCCGUAUGUACAGAUGGUUUUACAGCAGCUUGUGGAGAUCAUAAACAGACCCAACACACCCAAGACACUGCUGGAAAAUACAGCAAUAACAAUUGGUCGUCUUGGUUACGUUUGUCCUCAAGAGGUGGCACCCAUGCUACAGCAGUUUAUAAGACCCUGGUGCACCUCUCUUCGCAAUAUAAGAGACAAUGAAGAAAAAGACUCUGCGUUCAGAGGAAUCUGCACCAUGAUCACGGUCAACCCUGGUGGUGUGGUGCAGGACUUUAUAUUUUUCUGUGAUGCUGUAGCAUCCUGGAUGAACCCAAAAGACGAUCUUCGAGAAAUGUUCUACAAGAUCUUGCAUGGGUUUAAGAACCAGGUUGGAGACGAGAAUUGGAGACGCUUUUCUGACCAGUUUCCCCUUCCACUCAAAGAAAGACUUGCAGCCUUCUAUGGGGUGUAGAUGUUACCUGAUUGAAGAGCUUAUUCACUAUGGGAGAGGAUGGGAACCUCUGAUACCCAGGGCAUAUGUUGCCCUUUACCUGGGGGGAAGGGUGGUCUAGCAGGGGUGGGAGCCAUACGGCCCACUGGACCCCUGUAGACGGGGUGGGAGGGAAGUGUUAGCUGAGGCGCUAGUCGACCACACCUCGCCAAGCCAAACCAAAAUAGGGAAGAAAGCUUUUUCAUCAUGUCAUAACAAUCAGCCAUGAGGGCAAAAAAACUAAAUACAAUGUUAGCGUUCAUUCACCAGAGCACUUAAUGUAACGGAACAUCCAGGGGUUAAAAAAAACAGUGACACGAAGAUAUGUGUAAACUCUGUAGUGUUACACUCCUGACAUAGGAAAGUGCCUGGAGACAAGCUUUGAAAGCUAAAAAACAGGUUUUGUUUAUUUUCUGGACCGUACCAUUUAGAGGGGUGGGUGUGACGUAAAUCUCAACUUGGACACGAAGCGUAAGUCCUAUGCAUGGGGUGAUGUAGGGUAUAGCUCGACUGCAUGAAAGUGUGCAGACCGUGUUUUGUGUGCCAGCUAUGCACAGCAGUAGACGGUAAACAUUUAAAGACAGUACAUGCUAAAAACGUACCAUAUUUUAGGGGCUCUGUCUAAAAGGUAACACAGUGUAACUCUAGAAAUGUAAGUCCUCUCAUAUCAUUGAUAGUGAAAGGUUUUCAUCUGCGAAGAUGAAGGAAUAAAAAUCCGAAUGACUGCAUAAUUUUAUUUUUUACCUUUUUCUAAAUUCAUCUUGGUAAAUUAAGUUAGCAUGCACAAAGCGAGAAGGAAGACUCCAUAUUAACACAGUGAAGAUGUCUGAAACAUCUGAACUAUUGCUCUGAACGAGGCUUUAAUGUUCCUCAGUCUCACUUUCUGAUUUCCGGCGUGCUCGACAUGGAUCCAAACGAGUGAACCCAAAACACACAUUUUGUUCAUUUUGAGACAUCGGCGAUUUCUUUUUGCUUAGUUUGUUCAGAGCAUGAUUUUGAAGAUGCUUGUGAUAUCUUUUUUUGACUGAUCGGGUUAAUCUGGAUGUUUAGUUGUUUGAUUUUGUGCAUGUUGGUGGCCCAAUGAGCAAACUGUUUUUCUAGCACCCCUCACAUACAGGCUAGUUUUAAUAAUGCAUUUUUUCCACACAUACACAAUAGGUGACGUGUUUUCCAUCCAUGUAUUGCUUUUGUGACUUGUUUUGUUUAGUUUCGUUACCUCCUGCAUGAAGUUUAAAAAAACGUCCCAUGUUGUGUUGUGUAUAAUCCUGGACAGUUCAGUGCUCGUGGAGGCCGUAUUUGUGUCCCUCAUGUGAAUCGUAGCAAGCCUUAAAAUGCCUGAAUGUGUCCCAGAGUGUGAAGAUUUAGGUAUUAAAAACUUUGCACUUCAAAGUUGCUAUCUCAGACAAGACUGAUGUUCAUACUCAUCUGGAAGCCAGUGAAAUGAUUCUUUCAAGUAGAAGUUCUGGACUCAAACCUUUUAAGGCUGUAAGAAGAUUUUUAAAUCUGAACACCACGGGAUAUUGUCAGGUGUUUGUGAGUCUGUGUUGUGCUGGUGUAUUUCUGCAAAGUGAUUUUUAUUUUCUUCAGUUUGUCUGUCACAUUCCAGCUGUUUUACAUUUGUAACCAAUAAGAGAGGUCGGAGAUUCUUCUGACUGAAAAAAAUAAUAAAAAUUAAAGAACAAAGAAAGAAACAAGAUGUAGGCAGAUAAUAUGAAUGUUAAGUGUGUCGUCUUACACUUAUGAAUGCUGCUAUGUGUUGUAAUUUUCUACUUGAAUAUUUUAUGUUGUAGAGACCUCAGGAGGUAUGUUUACUGCUUUUUUUUUUUUCUUUGCCGUUUUUAUUUUUUUUAAUGUAUGCCUUUCCCCACUGUUCAGGCUCCCAUGUUUCAUAAUAAUAAUAAUAAUAGAGCAAGUCACUGUAAUCCAUUCAGCUGCUGGUGAAUAUCCUUUCUAACAGGCAUAUUUUUGUCACUAUGUCUCCUCGUAAAAGAAUGUAACUUUUUUUUUUUUUUUUUGAUUGGAGGAGAUAUCCGAUAGUAGACACUCAAAUAGGAUACUUCAUGUGGGACAAAAUGGAAGUAACUGGCCCUUAUGUAUGUGAACAUUAUUUAUGAAAUAUAAAUGCAGUAUAUACUGUAACGCCUUGAAGUUAGACUUGAGUUGUUUUUUUUGGGGGGGGGGGUUAUAAAUGAGGCCAUGAGACUUGGAAAUUGCACAGUAAUGAAUCUAAUGGUUGUACUUUUUUAAUGGUUUUACUUUUUUGUCUUGUUUUCUUUUUGUGAAGUACAAAAUAUCAAAAAUCUAAGUGUUGUGCCCCCACCCCAGACUGCACCAAUUGCUGUAUAGUUCUAUGUGUGGAAAUUAAGAAAACGUAAUAAUGAAGUCAGACUUUGCUCAGAAGCUCCCUUUUCUGGUCCGAGAGCAAUUUAAUUUAUAGUGAUUUUUUUUCAACUUUUAUUUUAUAAUCUGAUUUUGAAGAAAGAUUCAAAUACAGAAAGUAAUCAUUUUUAGGGGCCACCAAAUAUUUUGGAUCAUGCAAAGAAUAUAUAUUGUACUGUAGAAAUUUUGUAAUGAUAUUUGUAUGACAUUGUUAUGGACGUGAGUUUGUUUCACUGCUUGGAUCUGUGCAUUGGUAAGAAUAAACACUUUUCAAAAAUCA